CAAUAUGGGUUCACAACCAUUCUCUGUGUUCAAACUCUCGACUCUCAUUCUUCAUCUUAUUCCCAUCCUUUUUGCCUCUCGAUCUUUAGCUGCAGAGGCAGGUUGUGAAACUGAUCCAGUAUCCAAAGAAAUCAUUUGCGAAUUCACCCCUAACCCUUCAUAUUGCAAGUCCAUGCUACCCAACCAAACAAACAAUGUGUAUGACUACGGCCGUUACGCGGUCCGGAAAUCAUUAUCACAAUCCCAUAAAUUACUUAACUUGGUGAACAAGUAUCUCCAACGCAACUCGACUCUCUCCAAAACCGCAAUCCUCGCCCUUGAAGAUUGCAAGCUUCUUGCAGAACUCAACGUAGAUUUUCUUGCAAGCUCCCUACAAACCCUCAACGACAGUAACCGAACACUUCCCAGCUCGAAAGCCGAGGACGUCCAUACCUGGCUCAGUGCCGUCCUAACAAACCAGCAAACAUGCUUGGAUGGAGUACAAGCAACUUCUUCAUCAUCUUGGAGGAGUAUGAAAAAUGGACUUUUGCUCUCCAACAACACGAACCUUUAUAGUGUUUCUCUAGCUCUGUUCACGAAGGGAUGGGUGCCUGAAAAUGAGGAAGAGGAGGAGAGGGAGGAGGAGGGGGAGGUGAUCACAUGGAGGAAACGGCUGCUUCAGAAUUUUGGUGACGUGCUGGUGAGGGAGACUGUCACUGUGAGUCAGGACGGAAGUGGGAAUUUCACCACCAUAACCGACGCUGUUGCCGCAGCUCCGGUUAACACUAAAGGUUUAAAUGGUUACUUCUUGAUUUAUAUCAAGGCAGGAGUUUAUGAAGAGUAUGUGAACAUUGCAAAUACUAAAAACUAUCUGAUGAUGAUUGGUGAGGGCAUCAACCAGACUGUCAUAACAGGCAAUCGGAGUGUUGUAGAUGGCUGGACAACUUUCAAUUCAGCAACAUUUGUGGUAAUUGCACCAUGGUUUGUAGCAGUGAACAUAACCUUCCGCAACACCGCCGGAGCAAUCAAACACCAAGCCGUCGCCGUCCGAAACGGUGGAGAUUUGUCCGCAUUCUAUAAUUGCAGCUUCGAAGGGUACCAAGACACCUUAUACACACAUUCCCAAAGACAAUUCUACAGAGACUGCAACGUCUACGGAACAGUAGACUUCAUAUUUGGAAACGCAGCAGCUGUUUUCCAAAAAUGUAACAUUUACCCCCGGCUUCCGAUGCGUGGGCAGUUCAACGCCAUUACGGCUCAGGGUCGAGCAGACCCGAAUCAAAACACCGGCAUUAUGAUCCACAACUGUACCAUCAGAGCAUCCGAUGACUUGGCUUCGGACAAGGGAACUACCAGGACUUAUCUAGGGAGGCCAUGGAAGGAGUACUCAAGGACUGUGUACAUGAAAUCCUUCAUGGAUGGUUGCAUAGAUAGGGACGGUUGGAGUAAAUGGACUGGAGAUUUUGCUUUAAGCACAUUGUAUUACGCCGAGUAUAAAUGUCAGGGCCCUGGAUCGAACACUAGUAGAAGAGUUACAUGGCCAGGUUACCAUAUAUUGAAAAAAGCUAAGCAAGUUAAAAAGUUUACAGUGUCCAAGUUCUUGCUUGGGAAGAAGUGGCUGCCUCAAACUGGAGUGCCAUUUUCCGGUGGGUUGAUUUAGCAUAAGUAGGGACUUCAAAAAGAAAAUAGUAAUAAUCUUGAUUGGAUAUGUCUUUAUGAUGUUUGAAUUUCUAGCUUAUCAUUUCUUGUAUAUAUGGUC